AUGACCUCUCCGCACACGCAAACCUUCGAGGAUGCGAUCACAGUCACCCCGGUAUCAUCGCAUGAAUAUACCACAAAUCUCCAUCCAGACUGGACCAUUGGAGCCGUCCCCCAUGGCGGCUACACAAUGUCAAUCCUGUACCGCCUCGCAACAACACAUUUCAAACACACACAUCCAACACGACACAAUUCCCAACCUCUCCCCAUAUCAAUGCAAAUCACGUUUCUGCGUCGAACGGCCGUUGGCCCUGCAGUGUUGACAGUAGAAGACUCAAAAUUGGGAUUGAGGACGUCCACGAUUCAUGUUACUCUUUCUCAGGAUGAUGAUAGUAAACCGGACGGGAAAAAGAGAACGGCUAGAGUGGUAGGGUAUAUCACUAUAUCAGAUUCAGUGUCGGAUGUUGGAUAUUCACAUCCUUCGAUGACGUGGGGAUUGUAUCCUCCUAUGCCUGGCGGACCACCGGAAGUUAUUGUUCGUGCUGAUGAUGUGAAGCUAUCACAGAAAGAUGGCAGCGAGACAUCAAAAUGGAAACAGACGGGCCCAACACAUUGGUCCAAGUUUAGAAAGGUGGAACAUCAAUGCAUCACAUUUGGGCCGACGAACGAGUAUAAACAACCGGGUGUAUUGGAUCAAUGGGCGAGACUCCGCACGGUAUCGUCUGAUGCUUCGGCAGCUGCCGGAAAUGGGAAAUGGACGAAUGAGACUCUUCCGUUUCUGAGUGAUUGGUUCCCUGCUGCAUUGGAAGAAGUAGGCGCUGAAGCGCUCUCGGCCUUGUCAUCAUCAUCGGCAUCAAAACCGAAAAUUCCACCGUUUUGGUACCCGACUGUCACGUUGAAUAUCGAUUUUAAGAAGAGUCUACCUCCGCAGGGAGUUGAUUGGUUGUAUUCUCGGGUAGUUAUGAAAUCCGUCCGGAACGGAAGGAUGGAUAUCGAGGUGAUUAUCCUAGAUGAAAAGGGGGAGAUUGUUGCGUUGUGUUCUCAUAUCGGGUUGGUGGUUAGUAUUGAACGGAAUACCAGUGGGAGGAAAUACGGCAAGGAUGCUGAGAAAGCCAAUUUGUGA